GAUAAGCUUCGAGCUUUCGUCAUUGCCCUGGCCAUAACAACAGCGAACCCAACCUCAUCCCAUCCCCCAACUCUCCUAAAGUUCCUCUUCCUCUGCUUUAGUAUCGUCCGAAACGCGUCUCGCUACCACCCACUCCAACCAUGGUCUCCUCCGCCCCCUCCUCGUCGCCGAUUCCAGACGGCCAUCUCAAUGGCAAUGACACUCUUCCUAUGCGGCCGGUCCCCAAACUCUAUGCGAGCAACGACAGCUCCCAGUCAGGAGCUGGCACUCCCAUUGGAUUCCAGAGACACCCGCACAACAAGAUCCUGGACCAUGUAGCCGGCUCUAGCGUGCGUCAACCUUCCCCCCAGCCUACUCAUCUGGGUAUCCCUGGAGGCGGCCAACAUCGUAUCUUGUCCGAGGAAGACCCUGGCUACGUGGCGGCCAAGUUUGAAGGGAAGGAGAAUCAAAUGGAAGAAGUGAUGGACCAAUUGGAAAAGAAAGGCUUCCUUCCUGCCGAUUUCGUGACCGGAGAAACCAAUUGGUUCUACAACCAGCUGGGCAUUGACGACACAUAUUUUCAAACCGAAACAGUCGACGCAAUCGUCACACAGAUUCUCUCUCUAUACGCGGCCAAGGUCGCGGCUUACGCUCGGGACGAUAAGAAGCUUGAGAUCCGGUUGGACAAGGAAGCAGAAGAUCAUGCCGUUUACAUCGAUACCAGCAAGCCUGGCGUUUCAUCAGUCGAAGGUCCUGGCUAUGAACAGCGCAUCGAUCAGAAAUAUAUCAACGGCUCGACUCACGAUAACAGCUACCGUGUGGAAACCUUCCGCUCGCCGACUUCAAUCCCCGGAGACGACGGACAGCAACUUCGUUGUUAUUUCGUGUACAAGUGCCUGUUCGCCAACCCAAACCCUGAUCCGAACGAGACCAACAUCGACAUCAUUGGCGAAAAGAGAUUCUUGCAAAAGGCCACUCCCAACACCAAAGCCAUUUACCAAGAAAUCAUCAGCAAUGCCGUCAGCCGAUCCGGCCCGGUCAUUGAGAUGUUUGAGAUCGAGAAGAGUCGUGAAAAGCGACUGGUCAUUGCCUAUCGUCAAGGCUCUGCCAUGGGGCUUUUCAGCGCGCUCUCCGACUUGUACCAUUACUACCACCUGACAAGUUCCCGGAAGUACCUGGAGAAUUUCUCGAACGGCAUCACUGUGAUCUCGCUCUACCUGCGUCCUCUACCCAACAAGGGGGUUGUCCCCAAGCACCCUCCAAUCGAGUCGACCAUCCACCAGAUUAUCAAGGAAGUCUCUCUUCUGUACUGUAUCCCUCAGAACAGAUUCCAGCACCACUUCGCCAGUGGGCGUCUCAGCUUGCAGGAAACCAUCUACGCUCACUGUGCCUGGGUGUUCGUUCAGCAAUUCCUGAACCGGUUGGGAUCCGAAUAUAUCUCUUUGACCGACCUUCUUGACGCGAACAACAGUGUUCACGCGGAGCUGUUGGCGAAGAUCAAGAAGCGGUUGCGUACUGAGACAUUCACAUCCGACUACAUCUCAGAAAUUGUCAACAAGUACCCGGACCUGAUCCAUAAGCUCUACCUGGACUUCGCCAACACGCACUAUGUGCAGACCCGUGGCCCUGCCGAAGAUGACUUCCUUCCCACGCUAAGUUAUCUGCGUCUGCAGGUUGACGAGGUUCUGGAUGGACCCAAGUUGAAGCAGCUCAUCUCGAGCACCGCGGCUAACGAGCACGAUGAGAUGGUCAUGAGUGCCUUCCGUGUGUUCAACGCCUCGAUCCUGAAGAGCAACUUCUUCACCCCAACCAAAGUUGCCCUCAGUUUUCGACUCAACCCGGACUUUCUGCCGGAGCAUGAAUACCCCCAACGCCUUUAUGGCAUGUUCUUGGUCAUCAGCUCCGAGUUCCGUGGAUUCCAUCUGCGGUUCCGAGAUAUUGCCCGCGGAGGUAUCCGUAUUGUCAAGAGUCGGAACAAGGAAGCCUAUAGUAUCAAUGCUCGAUCGCUGUUUGAUGAGAACUAUAACCUCGCCAACACGCAGCAGCGCAAGAACAAGGAUAUCCCCGAAGGUGGUGCGAAGGGCGUGAUCCUCCUGGAUGUCAACCACCAGGACAAAGCCGGUGUUGCCUUUGAGAAGUACAUCGACAGUAUUCUGGACCUGUUGCUGCCCCCGGUGAGCCCCGGUAUCAAGGAUCCAAUUGUGGACUUGCAUGGCAAGGACGAGAUUUUGUUCAUGGGCCCCGACGAGAACACGGCCGAGCUGGUGGACUGGGCCACGGAGCAUGCCAGAAACAGAGGAGCUCCGUGGUGGAAAUCGUUCUUCACGGGCAAGAGCCCCAGGCUGGGUGGUAUUCCCCAUGAUACAUAUGGCAUGACCACUCUGUCUGUGCGACAGUACGUCCUUGGUAUCUACCGCAAACUGAAGAUCGACCCGAGCACCAUUCGAAAGCUGCAGACCGGUGGUCCCGACGGCGAUCUGGGCUCCAACGAAAUCCUUCUUGCAAAUGAGAAGUACACGGCCAUUGUCGACGGUUCCGGCGUGCUUGUUGAUCCUCAGGGCCUGGAUCAUGAAGAACUCAUCCAGCUCGCCAAGAACCGGGUGACCAUUUCUGAAUUCGACCUCUCGAAGCUCUCGCCUCAGGGCUAUCGGGUUCUGGUUGAUGAAAGCAACGUCAAGUUGCCUAGCGGCGAGCUGGUUCACAAUGGUAUGAUCUUCCGGAAUCUGUUCCACCUGCGCCGAGACCAACCAUACGACACGUUCGUGCCGUGCGGUGGACGACCUGAGUCGAUUGAUCUCUCCACAGUCGGCAAGCUGAUUCAGAAUGGGAAGUCAACCAUCCCAUACAUUGUCGAGGGCGCCAACCUGUUCAUCACCCAAGACAGCAAGCUCCGCCUUGAGAAGGCCGGCUGCAUACUGUUCAAGGAUGCUUCUGCCAACAAAGGAGGCGUGACAUCCUCGUCGCUGGAAGUUCUGGCUUCUCUGUCAUUCGACGAUGCUGAGUUCGUGGAAAACAUGUGCAUCCGCGAGGACGGCACUGUGCCGACAUUCUACAGUGAAUACGUCAAGCAGGUCCAAGAGGUCAUCAAGCAGAAUGCCACACUCGAAUUUGAAGCCAUCUGGCGCGAACACGAGCAAACCGGGGCGCUCCGCAGUGUUCUGAGCGACCAGCUCAGUAUCGCUAUCACGAAACUGGAUGAAGAACUUCAGAAGACAGAGCUGUGGGAUAAUGUUGAGCUCCGCCGGUCGGUCCUUCAUGAUGCUCUGCCGAAGCUCCUUCUGGACAAGAUCGGUCUUGACACCAUUCUUUCGCGGGUCCCGGAGAACUAUCUACGCGCCAUCUUUGGUAGCUACCUCGCGAGCCGAUUUGUGUACGAGUAUGGUAGCAGUCCCAGCCAGUUCUCAUUCUUUGACUUCAUGACCAAGCGACUUGCGCAAUCCAAGGCAUAAUAAUGUAAUGGCUGUUCCCUAGAUGGAUAUACAUGGUGUUUUUUCAUCUCUUCUUGCUCCGUGAUAUGCAUUUUCCGGGUAAUACCUGCUGCACAUACGCAGUGUUUAUGGAUAUAUUAAUUAUGACCGAUGUCCAUUGCAUGGAAUACAAAAAAGACUUGAGUACGGAGCCCUGUGCAUUUAAUACAAACCACUUCCUCUCUUCCACACACUACUUACUAUCUGUCUUGUCUGUAUUGGCCACGGUAUCGCUGUGUCUAGUUUACGGCGAGUCGCGAAUAGAGCGCCUGGCUUCGCCAUGCUUGUUAUGCUUCCUUUACA